AUGGAGGCCAGGCCGCCCAGCGCAGGCGGCCGCGACUCUGCAGCGUACCCCUCUGUCGAGGAAGUCCUGCAGGAGCUCGAAGGCAACGGCGCGGAAGCGACAGCGGAAGAAGAUCUCUACGGCCAGUAUGCGUGGGAGUGCGAAGCCGAAAGGUCGUGGGACCAGCUCGUGGAGAGCUCGGAGGGAUUCCUCCUGCUCCACGGGGCGCAGGGCAGCGUGGCAGAGGGCGAGAGCCUGCGGACGCGGCGAACUGAGCGCGGGGCACGGUCUCACGAGACCCAAGUGAAGAAAGGGAUUAUUCGAAGCAUGGUGCUCCUCAUUGACAUGUCGGAGGCGAUGCGUGAGAAGGACUACCGCCCUGAUCGCUUGAGCUGCGUCUGUCAACUCGCUGAGGAGUUUAUUAGCACGUUUCUGCUUCAGAAUCCACUCGCGCAGCUGGCGCAGGUCGCACUGCUGGGGCCAUCCGCGGAGCCUGUUGAGACGUCGCGCGUCUCUGCGGCCGGCGAGGCCGCGCGGGUCGCGAGCCCCCCGGGGCAGCGCGUGCUGCGCUCGGGCGAGGCGGCGGCGUCGCAGGUCUUCAGCAGCUGCGCGGCGGAGUGCAUCGCGGCGCUGCAGGAGAAACGGGCGACCGCUGCGGGCCUCGGUACCGGCGUCCCUUCCGUCAGGAACGGACUCAACCUCGCGAAAGACCUCCUCGCGACGGUGCCGCCAUACAGCACGCGCGAGGUUCUGAUUCUUUACGGCUCACUGCGGACCUGCGAUGUCGGCUGCAUCGAGGAGACGAUCGCCGCGGUGAAGAAGAACAACAUCUGCUGCAACGUCAUCUGCCUCGCAGCGGAGCUGCACAUCCUGAAAAAGCUCUGCCAGGACACUGGCGGCAGCCAUGCGGUGCCGCUGCACCGUGAUCACCUGCGUGCGCUGCUGCUGAAGCACACGCACCCGCCGACUUGGUCCACGAAUAUGCAGCCCUGUCUGAUUCGCAUGGGCUUUCCCUCGCUGAAGACUACGAGCACAGCAGCUCUCUGCAGCUGCCACCAGCAGCUCACGUUCGCCUCCUUCGUCUGUCCGCAGUGCGGCGCGAAACUCUGCGACAUCCCCAGUCGCUGCCGUUGCUGCUUCUUGCACCUCGUCUCUCCCGCGGACAUUUCGCGCUCCUUCCACAGUCUCUGCCCUCCGCUCCCCUUCGAGCCGCUCCCGGCCGACCUCCCCCAGGCCAGGCGAAUCUGUGCCUGCUGCGCGUCGCCUGUCGAGCGCGGAGGCUCGCAGUGCCCAGACUGCGGAGAAAUUUUCUGCGCCGACUGCGACGCCUACACGCAUGAGCAGCUUCGCCAGUGCGCGUUCUGCGUCAUGGGCGAUAUCACCACUCUCGACGACGAGGACACUGGGGUGGCGCUGCGGGUCGCCCGCGCGCCGUCGGCAGAUCUGCAUCGCGCCGCGGCUUCUGCUGCAGCGUCCUCGUUGGCUUUGGCGGCUCCUUCUGCUGCGGCGCCUCCGGCCUCUCGCAGGGCGAGCCUCACCUCGCGGGUCGCCGCCCCGUCUCUGCCGGGGUAG